AUGCCUCCCAUCAUCCAUUGCGUUCGCCAUGCCCAGGGCGUCCACAACCUCUGCACAGCCAACCAUGUCAUCCCAGACCCCCUCCUCACAGACCUCGGCCACGAACAAUGCCAGAAGUUGCGCGAGAACUUCCCGCACCACGCCACAGUCGAUCUGGUGACCGCGUCGCCCCUCCGACGCACAAUCUAUACCGCGCUCGAAAGCUUCCAGCCCGUGUUCGAAGCGCACCCGGACAUGAAACUGAUCGCGCUGCCGGACGUCCAGGAGACUUCCGAUGUGCCGUGCGAUACGGGCAGUGAGCGCGAGGCUCUGCGCCAGGAAUUCGCUUCCGCGGGGGCUGGCCGCUAUGCGCCAACGAACCAGGCUAUCAAGGAGCGCGCGCGUGCUGCGCGUCGCUGGCUGAAGGCGAGACCUGAGAAGGAGAUUGUUGUUGUGACGCAUGGUGGAUUUCUGCACUAUUUCACCGAGGACUGGGAGGAUAGCAGCCUGUACCAGGGUAUCUUCCGCUUCUCGGAAGAACACCACAAGGACGAUCUGGAGGGCUACGAGCUGGACGGCGACAAUGCCUCGCUCGUAGAAACCGACGAGUCGCGGCACCGCCGUGGCAAGAACGGAUCGACCCCCAGCCGCGACCAGCAGCGUACCCUGUACAAGAUCGGUACGCAGGGCUGGGAUGACCAGGGUCUCCAGCUUAGCACGGCGGACCGCGAAACAGCUAAGGUGCCGGCGGGUAAGAUGGUUGAGGGGGUUCGGGUGUGA